CUACAUACAUGGAAUUUUUCACCCAAUUUUUUUUUAAUUUAUUUAAUUUAAAAUAAAAAUUGUAAAAUUUUCAUUUGAAUAGUAAGCAAAUGUUUAUAUACUACCCCGAGUACAUUUUAAAUGAAGAUCUACUAUGGAUCUUAGGUCAAUAAACCUUAUUUUCUUUUAAUUCUUUUUUAUUUAAACUUUGGCUUCAAGCGAUUGCCAAACAGGCAUUUCAAUAAGAAGGAUAAAGCAUGUACGGACAGUCGGACACACAACUAGACAUAUUAUGCGGGGUUACAUUUCCAUUUGUUCGAAGUAAAACAAACUGCAAACGCUCUCAUCAACUUCAUCUCUAUAAUUUACAAGCCCUGAAAGGAAGAGAAGUACGUAGCUGAAAGGUAUAUAUAUAAAUGGAUUCAUCAUCAUCAAGCACAUAUUCCUCUCCAUGUGCUGCGUGCAAGUUCCUCAGAAGGAAAUGCUUGCCAGGGUGCAUUUUUGCACCAUAUUUCCCUCCAGAGGAGCCACAGAAGUUUGCCAAUGUCCACAAAAUCUUUGGGGCAAGCAAUGUGUCGAAGCUACUGAAAGAGCUCCUCCCGGACCAACGAGAGGACGCCGUGUGCUCACUUGCGUACGAGGCCGAGGCGCGUGUGAGAGACCCUGUCUACGGCUGCAUUGGUGCCAUCUCUUACCUACAGAGGCAGGUGGAUCGCCUCGAGAAGGAACUCGACGCAGCAAACACAGAUCUCAUCAUCCAGGCUGCCACAACUGCCAGCAAAGAUGUGUUCAAACAACGCACUGCUGGUCCAUUCAAUCGGAUUUAAUCCAUUUGUGAUGAUUGUCUCGGAUGGGCCGGGAAACCUUGGCUUUUUAUAAACUUGAAUUGAAAUCAUUGAAUUUGCAUGAUAUGGCACACAUCUUAUUAUCUUA